CAUAAUGACUGGAAGCCCAUGGCCUUGGGCCCGCUCGGGCCUGGCCCGAACACCCUGGAGAGGUGGUGGCUGCAGCUCGUGGGUGUUGUCCCUGCUGGACUCCCGGCCCAGGGCAUUCCGGGCUGGGCACGCACUUUGGCUCAGCACUCAGAAUGCCACGACUUGGCCCCAGCUUUCCUUUAAACAGAAGCACCGCAUCAUUUUCUAAACGGCUCUGGUAGGCAGGGUGCGGACGGACCAUCCCCGGCGGUUCGCGGGGAGGCCGGGCGCAGUCAGCAGCGCCAUCUGCCCUGGGCCUCAGAGCUUCCCCAGCCCGCGGCGGCGGCGCUGCAAACCAGACGCCCCAGAGCCAGCUUCCUUCAGUCAGCGCCGCCCCGACCGCCUCUGCUGCGCGCCGUCGCUGAUUUCCUGCGGGGCCGGCUCGAAAGAACAGCUCGGCGGGUCCAGGAAGGCUGGAGAGAGCGCGGAGCCGGGCUUCUAGAGCCCUCGGCCUGCGGCUCCCGCCGGGGUAGAGCUCUCGGGUGCCGCGCCGUGGGGAGCCGGCGCAGGCCGCCGCCGGCCGCCCGGCUCCCGGGUCCAGGCCGCGCCUCCCCUCGGUCCCACCCCCGGCAGCGAGCCGCGCCGCGCAGGCGCCUUGAUGCCACAGCGCUUUUGGUCCUUCCGGCGCCUCGUAGCGCGUUCCCGGGUGACACGUUUCCUUGGGGGCGUGGAGGGGGCGGGACCAGGUGGCCCGUUGGCUCUUAAAGGGACCCGGACGCGGAGCGCAGGAGGCGGCGCCGCUGGAGCAGCGCAGGGCGCGCGGUCUGGAGCAGGUACCAUGGCAGAGAAGGUGCUGGUGACCGGCGGGGCUGGCUACAUCGGCAGUCACACAGUGCUGGAGCUGCUAGAGGCUGGCUAUUUGCCCGUGGUCAUCGACAACUUCCACAAUGCCAUCCGUGGAAGGGGCUCCAUGCCUGAGAGCCUGCAGCGGGUUCAGGAGCUGACGGGCCGCUUGGUGGAGUUUGAGGAGAUGGACAUCUUGGACCAGGCAGCCCUACAGCGUCUCUUUAAGAAGCACAGCUUUACGGCAGUCAUCCACUUUGCGGGCCUCAAGGCCGUGGGAGAGUCCGUGCAGAAGCCUCUGGAUUAUUACAGAGUUAACCUGACCGGAAGCAUCCAGCUGCUGGAGAUCAUGAGGGCCCACGGGGUGAAGAACCUGGUGUUCAGCAGCUCAGCCACCGUGUACGGGAACCCCCAGUACCUGCCCCUAGAUGAGGCCCACCCCACAGGCGGCUGUACCAACCCCUACGGCAAGUCCAAGUUCUUCAUCGAGGAAAUGAUCCGGGACCUGUGCCAGGCAGACAAGGUGAGGGCCCCCAUUGACCCAGCUCCGGUCCCACGUACGGACCCAGGGCCUCCCGUGCACCUGAGGGUGGGAUCCCGAGAGCCACCCACCCGGGAGGAAGUGGGGGGCGGGGUGCAGGUGAAGAGCUCUAGCGUCCGCCUGGGCACGGCCUGCGCCCUCCCCCCACCCGUGAUCACCUGACUGUCCUGCAGGCCUGGAACGCGGUGCUGCUACGCUAUUUCAAC